UAUUGUUUUACCGUAGUAGAUGUAACUAUGUAAGCAUGUAACGGUUGACAUAUUAUGCGUGUUAAGUGUUAUACACUAUUCUCCUAUGUUUUCAUUUGUACUCCUUUGGCGCUUUUUUUUUUCCCGCUGAAAAUCUCUUUCUCUCUCCUCCAUUGAAGCGCACUUUGAGUUCUCUACUGUAGCGGCUUCUGAGCUUUCUCUCCUCCAUUGAAGCAGCUUCUAAGAAUGCACAUUACUGAAUUAGAGAAGUCUCCAAAAGUAAGUCAUCAGGUAGAGAGCCAUGAUACAAAGUAUGUCUCAGGGCUUAGCACUAUACUGGUCGCUACGAUUCAGGAAGCCAAGGAUAGAAUUUCUCAGAUUGAAUAUAUCUUUUGCAGCCAGCUUUACCCCAAUAUUCAAACGAGUGCAAAAUCUGUCCAGAAGAUAUAUGUGGAAGCCAGAAACGCUGCUGAAAAUGAGUGGAAAGAGAGACAAAGUAAACUCGAGCUUCAAAUGAAACAGCUAAUUCUUGAAAAGGAAUUAGUCCUUGAUGAAUGUAAAGCUUUCAUGGUAGAGAAGUCGAGACUAGCAACAAGGGUAGCUGAAUUGGAGGAUAAGCUGCAGCAGAAGACAAAAGAAGUUGAAGAUGCUAUGGAAUCACAUGCUACAUUACAUGAUAUCAUUGAGGCGAAAUCCACUACUCUCAGAGAUAGGGACCUGCAGGUGAAAGAGCAUGAAGAAAGAAUGAAGCUUCUUGUUAACAAAUCCCAAGAACUUGAGGGAAAGAUUGAUGCACUUGACAAAGAGCUUCAGGACAAGAAUGAAGAUGUAACCAAUGGAAAAGAAUUAGUGAAGGAAUUGCAGAGGCAAAUUGAUUCACAGGAGCUGAAGAUGAGGAAUACUGAACAGAUGCUGAUCAAAAGUGAAGAAGAAAACAAACAACUCUCAAUGAAGCUGGAAAAUGUGGAAACCAGUUUAGAUAGUCUCAGAAAUGGAUAUAGGAGAAAAAUUGCUGAAGCAGAUGAGGGAAAGCAGUUGCGUGAGCAAUUAGUACACGAGCUGACAAAGAAGAAUCAACUGCUGUCUGCACUUGAGGGAGAGAAAAAAAUGCUUGGUGAGAAGCUUCAAGAGAGUCUUAGAAAUAGGGAUGAUGGAGUAAUUAACACAAGAGUACCUCAAAAUGAUUUGGUCAAGCAAAUUGAACUAAAAACUACAGAGUUAGCCACCGAGAAGCAUAGACGAAGAGAUCUUCAUGCAGCUUAUAAAAGGCUCAAGUCUCAACACAGCUAUCUGCUCAACAAGUUUGGUCUCACCAAUGAAGAACUGUUGCUUCAAAUGAAAGAAGAAGAAGAAGAAGAAGGUGAUCCAUUGAACGAUGAUGAAACAAUAUUAGCAUUAUCUGAAGUCAAGAAGAGAAAUUUAGCAAGUAGUGUGGUGGCAUGUGAGUUGAACGAAGUGAAGCAAGAAAUCAACACUAUGGAGAGCUCAGAUGAUGAGAAAUUUGUCAGAUUAAAUCAGAAGUUAAGCUCCAAAUCUUCAUCUGGGUCUGACUCUCCUACUGGAAACCAUUGGACCACUAGUAGGAAGACCAGAAACUUGGGCUCAUUAACUGGUGGAAAGCGCCCUAUAUCUGGUUGGAGAGAGACUCGAUCUCGUCAAAGUCCCGGUGGUCCUGAUCCGCAUGAUGAUUUUCUUGAUACACCAUAUGAAGACAUUAGGGGAAAUUUGCACAAGAGCGUGAAGGCUAGCUUACGUGAUGUUCCAGCUGUAUAUCCAAAAGACACGGAUUCAGAUGACGAGACACAGGACAUGAGAGCUGAAUCUGCGCCCAAAAGACAGCAGUUGCAAGCUCCUAGGUCUGGUGAUGGUUCAAAAGGUUUUAAAUAUGUGGAACCUGUUCGGAAAAAAGCUGAGCGGGAAAAUUUGAAUGGAAUAGAAUGCAAGCAGUGCAAGAAAUUUUAUGAUGCUGUCCUUUCCAAUGCUAAAGAUGGAGAAGUUGAUGGACAUAAGUUUUGGUGUGAACAUCAUGAGGGUGUUUCAAGGCAUAGGUACAGGUAUGCUCCUCCACUGACCCCUGAAGGAUUUUGGAAUAUUGGAUUUGAUACUGAAACUUAGUUAAAUGUAAUGUUUAUGGAAAUUUCGAAAUUAUUGCAUUUCAAAAUUUGAAUAUUGAAUGCAAUUUACUAA